UAAAUAAAAUGGCAGCAAAGAAAAGGCACCAAAAUCAAAACGCUAAUGCAAACUCUGAAUCAAGCAAUGCAACACGAAAGAAAUAUAGUCCGAAAAGAGCUGAAAACAAAGGGGGACAUGGAAAUGUGGGCGAUGCUUUAUACAAAUUUUUUAUAGCAACUGUUGCAAUAACCGUUGGAUAUAUGCAUAGAAACCAUGUGUAUGGGAUGUUUGAGAGAGAUAAGCAUUUUUCGCAUCUAUCCAACUUGGAGAGGGAGCUGUCGUUCAGAACUGAAAUGGGCCUGUAUUUUUCUUAUUUCAAAACCAUCAUAGAAGCACCAACAUUUCUGAAAGGAUUGAAUGAGAUUAUGUACGACAACAUUACCGAGUACCCUGACACGAUUAAUGUCCUCAAGAGAUUCAAUUUAUACCCAGAGGUUGUUCUGGGUAUAGGAUACCGAUGGUAUGACACUAUUAUGACUGCCCAGAAUAAGCCGACCAAAAUGUGUUGGACUGUCAACAGAGGGGAAGGAAUGACACCUGUACAGAGUUGUGAAGGACUUGGGGAACCCUCCUAUUUCUAUGUGGAGGCUGUCUUCUUUCUCAAUGGUUUAAUGAUGACCGUGUUCUUCUUAUUUGGUGUAUAUUUAAGUGGGAAUAUUUACGGAGGAAUUCUGACGGUGGCGACCUUCUUCUAUAACCACGGCGAGUGCACCAGGGUCCAGUGGACCCCCCCUCUGAGAGAGAGUUUUGCCUACCCAUUCCUCAUCAUAGAGAUGUUCUUAGUCACUCACACGCUGAGAGUUAAAAUGCCCUCCUUCUUGCACAGUAUAGGGAUAUCCAUUGCUGUCGUCACUUUUAUGCUGCAGUGGCAGUUUGCUCAGUUUGCCUUGAUGACCCAGGCUGUGGCAGUCUUCUGCACAUAUGUCCUUGGAUUUAUAGGGUCACAUAAAGUCAAGGUCAUAUUGUCAGGUUUGCUGGUUGGCCUCCUCACCAGUUACGUCUUCCUGUUCGGAAAUGAAAUGUUGUUGACGUCCUUCUUCCUGUCAUCCCUCGUCACUAUCUUUCUGAUUGUGGCACUGGAACCUUUACUCAACUUGUUGAAAUUUAGAGUAUUUAUCUGGGCAGCACAGGGUAUUUUGCUAUUACUAGGAAUUGUGGGAAUAAAAGUCCUCAUCGCCAAAAUUCUCAAUGUGACUGAUGAUGAACAUAUAGGAGACAUACUAAGGAGCAAGUUUUCUGACUUCAACAAUUUCCAUACGAUGUUGUAUACAUGCGCUCCGGAGUUUGACUUUCUUGCAGCUGAGACUUACCUGAAGUUACUGAAGACUAUUUUACUGCCCACUGUCGGGGUCAUCAUUAUUGUGUUCAGCAUCAAGUUGAUUAAAAUGGAGACUAGUCAGUUGAAUCCGCCCACUACAGAGGAAGACAUUGUGUUGGAUGGGGAGCACCGCAGUAAACCGUAUGCUGAUUAUGUGUACCACAUGUUCCAGCUGGCUGCCUUCACACUGAUGGCCGUUAUCAUUAUGAGGCUGAAACUGUUCUGGACACCUCACCUGUGUCUGAUGACAUCACUACUGGCCUCCAGAAAGUUGUUUGGUUGGAUUGGAAGCAAGGAGAAACACUAUGCUGUCGUGACUGUUCUGAUAGCCUGUAUGACAAUUGAAGGAAUCCAGAAUAUAAUGCACCAGUGGAGUAUCAUGGGAGAAUAUAGCAACUUCCCACUGGAAGAAAUGGUGGAGUGGAUCAAAGUCCAGACGCCUAAAAAAGCUGUAUUUGCUGGACCUAUGCCAACCAUGGCCACCAUUAAGCUGUGCACAGGGAGGCCCAUCGUUAACCAUCCACAUUAUGAAGAUGCUGGACUUAGGGCAAGGACAAUGAAGGUGUACUCCAUGUUCAGCAAAAAACCUUUAUCAGAAGUCAAACAGAACCUGAUAGAUCUUAAAGUGGACUUUGUCAUCCUAGAAAACUCCUGGUGUGUCCGGAAACAGAAGGAGGGCUGUGGUAUGUCAGAGAUAUGGGAUAUAGAGGACAAGAUAAAUCGUCACGAAACUGUUCAAGCCUGUACAAAGCUCCGGGACAAACCUGAACCUUACUUCAGUCGUGUCUUCCGAAACGAUGUGUACGACGUUCUGAAGAUCUCCAAAUGGUAGCAGGAAGAACGAAUACAAAUCCUGUCAUUGUGAUAUUUAACUAGUCCCAGAUAUUUCACAAGUCCGGGACUAAAAUUAACCGUUCUCAUGUGGUAGCCACCCGGGCCCCUAACUUUCAAAUUCUAGGAGUCCGUGAAAUUCUAUUAAAUUUCGGGGGGUGGGGGUGUGUUUCCUCCAAUAUAUAUAUUUCAUGUCAAUGUUACAACUCUUUAGGAUGAAUUGAGAUGAAAACAAAAUAUUUAGUAAGUUAUUUCGUUUUCCAUUCAGACCAGAACAGACGCCGUCGUUUGUUUUUUCUACACAAGCGAUCAUACUUGUUGUUCCUUUGUUUUGUGACUCUGCAGGUUUAACCUCCUCCAAAAGUCUCCACAUUGUUAUCAUCCAUCAAUAACUUAGAUGGAAAGGGAAUGUAAAAUAGUGCUAGAACCUAUAACAGAUUCAGAUUACAGAAUCGAUGCAUAUUUUUCAAACACGGAAACGACAAAGAAUUGAAAAACAUCUAUUUGACACUGAUGCAAUACGAAAGAAAAGAAGCAUUUAAGAACGAUGUAGUCCUUUAAAUGUUAGUUGCUACACAGGCGACCAAAUUAUGGAAUGUGGUAGUUUGGAGGAAAAACGUGCGCCACUGACGAGAACUAAUUUUAGUCCCUGCAGUUCUGUCACUAUCACCAUGUAUAGUUUUAUUUUUCAUGAAAGUAGAUACACACACAUUAUGGAUGAAGUGAGUGAGAUUAUUCAUAUUUACUUUGGAAUGAGAAUCUUCAGCUUUUAUGGCUUUUUUUGCAAAAGAAUUCAUAUUAUUUAUACCAUGUAUAAUAGCAAAAUGUAUUUUUGAUCUAUAUUUAAAAGAAAGAGUAUUAUUUUAAAUGAGGGAUUUAAUGUAUUUAAAUGUUAUUGCUUGUGAGAAAAAUGCUGCUCUAAGCAUGUAGUUUUGGAUUGUUAAGGAGGUAUGCUACACCAGAGAAAUUUGAUAUGGAUGAAAAGUGGAGGAUAUUUACAACAAUAUUUUGAAAUUUAAAACUUUCAAAUUUACUUUAUUUAGUCAAAAAAUGCAGUUUUAGUUGAAAGCAAUAUGGAAAAUAAUUAAAACCCCUGCUGGACUCGAACCCGCGAUCUACAGUUCAGUAGUCCACGUGCUAACCUACUGAGCUACUCAGCAAGGCAAUGAUUUUUUAAAUGAAUAGACAAAUAUUGCUGAUAUUUAUAUUUUCAUCCGUGUUUUAAAAGGAAAUCAGCCAUUAUGACGAUGUAGAGUACCUCCUUAAGACACAAAUGUUAUUGGAGAGCUGUUGUGAUGACAGUAGAUUAACAUGUUUGAAUGGUCUAGUCUAUUAGUAUCAGGGAUUUUCCACUGCUCUAUGUAGGACUGAGUUUCGGCCCCAUUCCCAAUCACAGAAUCCUUACUUUGUUCUUAAGAUUUGACCUCAUAAUUAAAUAGUUCGGGAUCAGAAUGGGCUAUUACCAAUUGUUAUACCCCUAUAAAACAGUUCCUAUAUAACUCCUUUCAAAAAAAGUCCAACAUUUUGAAUGUUCUGGCAACUGUUGGACCGGGAACUGUUAAAAUCGACUGUUAAAAAAGACUGUUGACCGAUGACGUCAUAUGGCGCUAAUACGAGUAAUCUUUUCGUGCCAUUUGGAUAAAGAGAAAUGGCAGAUUCACAUUUUGCGACAGCAACAGAAUAUGAAAUUCAAUUAAUUCUUCAAAGUAGGGACAGCAAGAACAUAAAAAAUAAUAUUUCUUCAUCAUUUUCUAGAAUCAAUUGUAUAAGAUGAAGUUUACUUAUUUUUAUUUUAUUCGUGUUAAAGCUGUUAUAUACGCAAGUCGCAUGAUUCUUGGUCUGCUGAUUUGUUUAUGUAAUGGUGAGGUUCACUGAUUUGACUGAUGAUGAAAUACGGAAUUUAUUGGAUGAAAAGCAGAGCAGAAACACGCAAAAUAUAAUUAUCAAUUAGGAUAUUGGGUAUGAUUUCUUUUAAACUUGUGGAUUCGGUGAUAAAUGUGCGCAAUCACACUAUCGAUCCGUUUAAAGUCAACAAACCAUGUGCACUUAGUAUAAACAACCUAAAAAAUGAAGGUGUAUAACAAAAUAGUUAACUGGGUCCUCGGACAACAGCUGUUUUGUUUGACCCUCGAACAGAUCGGUUGCCCUCAGCCGUACAACAGACCCGUUCUCAGGUCAAACAAAAUAGCUGUUGUCCUCGAACCCAGUCAAUAACUGUAUAUUGUUGAAGAUGGGGUCGGGAUUGAAACGCAUGUCUAUUCAUUCAGAGGAAAUUAUCAUUAUGGAUCAUGUCCAGUCUUAAUAUAAAAAAAAAAACUAUAAAGGAAAAGGAAAUUGAGCAGAGUUUUAUAAAUGUUUCUUAUAAAAUAUAAACACUACUACAAGAUGAAAAAAUGGCAUCAUCCCAAACGAAACUCGAUCACAUGGCCCUGUAAUCUUAAGUAUACCUAUUUAGUUUGGUUUAAAUUUACUGGCUCGUUCAAAUAAAACGCUUCAUAAAAAUUUAUGUCUGAACCAGUAACCCGACUGUGACUUACUGAAACUUAACCAAUCUGUUCUGUGUUCUGGUGGCGAUGAUCCCCUAAUAUUCAUGUUCUCUCAGAAGAUUAAAUAAUAUUCAUGUUCUCUCAGAAGAUUGAAUGAUAUUUAUGUUCUCUCAGAAGAUUGAAUAAUAUUGAUAUUCUCUCAGAAGAUUGAAUAAUAUUGAUGUUCUUUCAGAAGAUUAAAUAAUAUUGAUGUUCUCUCAGAAGAUUGAAUAAUAUUGAUAUUCUCUCAGAAGAUUGAAUAAUAUUGAUAUUCUCUCAGAAGAUUGAAUAAUAUUGAUGUUCUCUCAGAGGUAGAAUGUUCUUUUUUAUAAGAGUUUAUUUUUUUUCAAGAAAAUAACCAUAUACUGCAAAUCCCAUUUGGAAACAAAUGUUGUUAAAUUUCCAAUUUCAAGGACCCUGGCCCCAUUUCCAAAAAACAAGAGUGGAAAAUCUGGAGUAUAUCAACCCUUCACAAUUCAAACUUCAUUGGGUGUUGCAACUGGAUGUACACAAUCAUGAAAUGGAUGCUGCAUCUGAUGUAAAUCUUCAUCGGAGUGACCAGCCAUUCUGUUUCUCGGUAACUAACCUCAAUGUGGUUCAGACUUGCAGAUCAAUGAUUUCCUAAUGUGACAUUAUAUAUUCCUUGUUGGGUUGCUUUUUUUUGGGGGGGGGGGGGUGUGAAUCUCAAAUAAAUUGUAUGAUUCCAGUUUACAUUUUGAUUAAAGUUCACUGCUUUUCAUCACGAAUUUUAACCUGCCAGACUAGAUCUGUUGUCUUUUGACAACUCUUGUUUCAAUAUUUAUUUCACUUUGAUCUUAUUUCUAGGUACAUGUAAACAAUUAGUAUUUAAUGCUUCUUUACGAAAAUGCUUCACAUAUUGCCAAACAUGCAUUGCCAAGAUAGUUUUCCCAUUCCAUUUCUGAUACGAGGUUGAAGAACUCUGACAGCAAUCUAAUUAAAAUCAGAUCCUAAAAUAUGCUCACAAUCGCUACAAUACGCAUUUAAAGUAUAUGACGCGGAUCUAAGAAGUCUGAUUUUGAUUAGAUUGACAGCUACAACUACAUUGUAUUAAGUAUGUAUGAUUUACAAACCUCCUGUAGGGGAGUUUCAUAUUGACAGAGACCCAGGUUAGAAUGUAUUUCAUUGCACCCUCCUUCUAUGCAAUAAACAUUUGUAGUAACACUUGUAUGUUUGCUAAAUUGUAUUAUUGUACAGUCAAACACCGUUAUCUCAAAAACUUCGAGAUAUCGGAGGGUUCAAGAUAUUGAAGUGAAAAUACUUAAAAGAAAAUGUGGGUUAGACUUCUAAUUCACUUUGAAAUAUCCAUGGUAUUCGAAAUAUUGAUGUUUGAAAUAUCAAAGUUCAACUGUACUUUUUAGUUGCAUUAAUUCAUAUUUCAUUAAAAUCUGUGUGUCAUUUUUUUCAGCUUUUUAUGGUCACGUAUUGUGUUGUUACUGUCUUCACGUAGUAUAUCUGUUCUGUUGACUUCUAAACGGGUUUGGGAAAUAAAGAAAAGUAAAAUUUUA